UCGCGUCAUUUCAGUAAAGUGCACUGAGGCGAACGCACGCGUUGAAGGUUUCUACUAUGGCGGGAAACGGCGCUGACUCUAGUGACAUUCCAGAAGACGAUGUCGACGGGCCAACCGACGGAGAUGAUAUGUCUUUAGAACGGGAAUACUAUGACAUGUCACAGGAAAGGAAGAUGAUCAUUUUUAACCAUUUCGAGUACAACGAUGAUUACCCAGAACUAAGAGAAAAGCCGGGGACGCGCCACGGCACGUAUCGCGACGUGGAAGCUCUCACAAAAACCGGGGAAAGCCUGAACUUUGAUGUCACGCCCUACCACGAUAGAACUCACGAUGAGAUUCUUGGCAUCAUGGACGAUUUUUGCAACCAGGAUCACAAAGACACGUCUUGCGUUUGUGUGUGCAUCCUCACUCACGGCUUGGAUGGCGGCCGUCUGUUCGCGCGCGACAAGUCCUUCAACCUGGCAGACAUCGUCAGCAAGCUUCAAAACCACGCGCCUGGCCUGGUGGGCAAGCCGAAGCUAUUGAUCGUACAGGCAUGCCGCGGGCUGCUGCUGGACGCGGGCAAGCUGGUGCAUGUCGACGGGGCUGGUGAGGUGCUGUUGCUGCCCUCGCACAUCGACACAUUGGUGCUGCGCUCCUCCGUAGAAGACUACCGGUCAUUCCGCAAUGGCCACGGCUCUUGGUUGAUCCAGGAGUUCUGCCGCGUGGUGAACGCCAAGCAUCGGCAGAUGGACCUCAUGCAGAUGAUCGUCAUAGUCAGCAGACUGGUGGCUCGCGAGCACGUGUCCAAAUGUCCAAUGAAACCCUGGGCGCACAACAAAAAGCAGACGCCGGAGAUGCGUUCCACGCUGCUAAAAACCAUACGCUUCACCGACCCUGUCUAGGGUUUAAUCAUCAUAUACUACCAGUUAAACU